AACAUGUUCUGCAUAAUAGAGUGUGCUAAAAGAGAACAUUUCUCAAGAUUUACUGAGAUUCAUCUGUUAUACACUGAAUGUGGUCUAUGUCAUCUGGAAAUUGCUGAAAAUUCCUUAAAUGGUUAAUCGAUUUAUGCAUGUGUGAUGGCUGCCAGUAAUUCUAGUUCAUUGGAAAAUGGAACAUCAACUGGUACGAAUUCUCCGGCGGACGAAAAUACGACAAAAGUGGUGUUUCUGGUUAUUUUCAUGGUGGUAGGAUUAUUGGGCAAUGUUGUCCUCAUUGUAACAAUUGGAUGCAAUAAAAAGCAGCGCACGUCUGCUUUACAGUUAUUUUCUCUCAACUUGGCAUUUGUGAAUUGCUUAGACUGUCUAUUCAACAUGUCUUUUGCCUUGAUAACUGCUAUUGGAUCAGUUUCGUGGAGUAGUGAGGAUUUCCUAUGUCGUUUGAAUUCAUUUUUCAUGAACCUCAUAUGGGUUGAAACCAUUCUUGGGUUGAUGUUUAUGACUCUGGAUAGGAUGAUGGCCACUCGACAUAGUGAUAAAUAUGAACAGUUUCAGAGCAUACCACGAUUUAUCAUCAUGCUAAUAUACACUUGGGUACACUCUGUUUCGUUUAGUGUCCCCUUGUUGUUUGGUGCAAUAGAAGUUGAUGUUUAUGAAAAUGUGAAACUCUGCAUGAUGGCAAACAAUGUCUCAAUCAUUUACACCCUUAUCAUAACACUUGUGUGCUUUUUUAUUCCAAUCAGUGUAUCCAUUAUUUUCUUUUCACUUGCAAUGAAAGUUACAUGUUCUGAGCAUUCUAACCAUGCCAAGAGAAGCCAAAAUCAAUAUUCCAAGGAAGUCUCAGAACCCAAGUUAUUAAGGGAACUUAAAGGAGCAAAAUACACUGGCAUUCUGUUGUUCCUGUGGAUUAUGAUGGAAGUACCAUACAUAAGUUCACAGUUAAUUCGAAUGUUCCGUUAUAGUGAAGAUUUGAAUAUCAACAGUAGUUUUGAGAUACCAAACAGUUACACCGUAGAUGUUAGUUUGGUUUGGUUCAGAUUUGGUUUUGUUAUAAUCUUGCCAAUUUUGGCACUUUUGUGGAAAAAAGAACUUUGGCAACUGUUCAAAAAUAUAAUUUUAUGUAGAAAAUCUAAUCUUAUUGUGGAUUUGGAGAUUAAAGUUGAGAACCCUCCAAGUCGUGAAAAGUUAGAACUGAAAUACACUGAUGAUAAGAAACAAGCAAAAGAGGAGAAGAUGAAAGAAGCAUUUGUGCAUAACUCAGGUUUCCAAGUUCCUGUUCUCUUUGCGACUUCUCAAGGUGUUCAUAUCCAGACUGGUUCAGAUGAAGAAUCAGAUUAUGAUGACAUUAAGAUUCGCGGCCGAAAGUGUGAUGUUCUGGGAUCACAGGGAAAUCUUCAAGGAUUUGAGUAUGAGACAAGUGAUUAUGACUCUAGUAAUGAGCUAGACCCUUUUUCAAUUUCUCACCCAAUCUCUGCAAAGAAGUCAGAAGAGAUUCAUCCAAGUCUGCAGAAGCGAAGCAGUUCUCAUCCAGAGGUUGGGAAAUCAAAUAAAUCAGAGAAAAGAGACAGAACAGUCUCCAAAGUUUCCAUAGCUUCUACAGCAGCAGCUGAUUCAGGACUUGAAAUGAGCUGCAACAUUGCAACAAAAGAUUGUUCAAGAAACAAAGAACAAGAUUUGGCAACAUGUUCUGAAAAUCUGCCAUCAGCAAAUGAUAUAGAAAGCAGUGAAAGUGAUAAUAUAAAACGGUAUAAUGAAGAAGGCUUGGAAACUUUCUCAGUGUUAAAUAAUCAACAAAAUCCUCAAGAAACACUCCAUGAAGGAUUGCUCAAGAAUAACAAUAAUGCAGAAGUUAAUGAUUCUUCAUACCUGAUAGAUUGCUCAAGAAUAGAAAACAGGAACUUGACAAUGAAAAAACUUUUUAAGCUAGAACCACUACAGAGUCCAUUGAAACAGAAAGAAAAUUUAAAAGAAAGUCAGUCAGAUGGAUUUGGUCCAGAACUUGGAAGGCAUCAGUUAUAUGUAAAGUUGCCAAGUUUGGGAUCUGAAAAGAAGGAAAGUCAAGAGACUUUAAAAGAGAAGUCUGAGAGCAGUUUGACUUCCACGGAGGUCAUGACCCCAAGUGGCUGUAAGCUGGUGGAUGUUGCAGAUGAUUUUCAAAAAGCUCUAAAUGAGAACCAAUGACAACUUUUUGAGGUGUAAAUAGUUGGCAAAGACAAUAAAUCCUGAAUGAGACAUGGCAAGCUCAAAGAAUUCUGAAUGAAGUAUUAUUCUACUGCUCACAUCAUGGUAGCUUGAUGCCUGGGUUACACAGAGAAUGUCGAUCAUCUCAUCUUUAUUUUCUGCUCAAUCACAGCUGCAUGCUUUCUCCAUUGAAAUGAUGAAAGUUAAAGUACAAUUGCUACCCUCUCCCCCUCCUUUUAUAAUUAUAGAAAAGGAGUUGCUAUAUGCUUUAUUUAGCAAAUAUGUUAGAUGAUAGGGUUUUUACAAUAUAAUUAAUAAAUUAGCUUUCAGAUAUCCGUCCAUGAUUCUGAACCUGGUGCAAUUUUACAUUUAUACAUUUUUCAUAUUUUUGACUCAUUAUUCACACAUGACUGUGAUAGAUGAGACUAUAUAUUGUGUGAUUGUGGUGACAUUAUUCUGUAACAGAAAUGAAAACGAUUGAUGUUUCACUGAAGAGUUUAUAAUUGACUUAUAAUAUAACAAAAAUUGUAUAGUAUUUAUUUGCAGUGAGAAUAUUUAUUUUUCUUUUUGACAAAAGGAGUAUGGCUGCAGGCAUUAUUAACCCUGAACAUUUUCGUCUUUUUCCUGAUUUUUAUGUUUUUUGUUCACAUUUUGUGUCCUUAAGUCAGAUUUCAGAUGUUUUAAUUGUGACCUAGCUUCAGAAGGAAAUAUGCUGCAGAUCAUUAAAAUGAAGACAUUUAUGUUACAUAUGUGGCCUUGACCUUUAGGAAAUUUUGUAAUACUUUUUUUUGGCAGUAAAACAAUUUUAAGCAUGUAUUAAUUUAGGUAUAUGGUUCUGUCUGGGUCAGAUAUUUUGCUAUUGUCUAUAACCUAUAGGCUUACAAUGUAUGAUAUAUAGUACAAGUUUCCUGAUAGUUUGGACUGCCAGUAUAUGACUGUAUCACUAAUAAACUCCUGAGUCAAUAAAGAAUGUAACACAGGUAG